CGAUUGCAGACGGGGUGCCGAUCGACCGCUACCUGGGGUCCAGUGCGGUGACCCCGCGGGUGCGAGCUCAGUACCGGAGGGUGCUCGAGCAGCUCGAGGAGAGGUGUGGCCGCCAGGGCUUUUUCGAGCGGCCGUCGGAGACGUUGAAUGCCUGCCUAGUCCACCACUUCCAGUCCCUUUACCUGCAGGGCGAGCAGGCCUCGACGGGCAUGUGCGUGGCGGCGGCGGUGAACCACCUCUACCCGAAGUGCGGGGUGCUGGGGGCAGAGGCGCCGCCGCGGAUGUGGAAGGCGCGGAAGGGCUGGAAGCUGCUUGCGCCUGAUCGAGCCAGGAUGCCAGAGCCGCUAAUUAUCUGGUGUGCCCUGAUGCAUGGCCUGGUGCUGUGUGGCAGCCCGCACUGGGGGCUGCUGGUGCACCUUCAGGAGCGCGCGACGCCGGUCGAGGCAGGAGAGCUCGACUUCGGCGUGAGGCCCGACUCGUCGUGGCUCCUGUUUCUCGGCUCCGUUCUCGGCGACGUGCGGCGUCAGAACCUUCGCCGGUCAGACUGGGCGUUGAAUUGCCCGCAGUUGCUGCGCCGGAUGAAGACGCCCUACCAGGCGAGGCUCUCGGGCGCGUGCAUCGACCGCGCCAGUGGCGAGCGCGGCCAGGCGGGGGUGCAGCGCAGAGGCGGCUGGCGCCAGUUGAAGAACAUGGCCCGGUACGGGAAGAGCGCUUGCCAGGGCCAGCGCGCCCAGACGCCGAGCGCGACGCUGCUGGCCCGCGGCGACCGGUGCCUGCGCGAGCUG